AUGGGGAGGUUUGCGGCAUCCGGGCACCCGUCAUCAAAAUCUGGUAUCUGUCCUUCUAAAUGUGUGGAGCUUGCUAAGCAUGUGAAACUAGCUUGCCCAAACUUAAUACUGUCAGGACUCUUGACAAUAGGGAUGAAAGAUUACUCCUCAACACCAGAAAAUUUUAAGGCAUUGGCAAAUUGUAAGCUUGAAUUUUGCAAGGCCCUUGGGAUACCAACAGAACAGUUUGAACUCUCCAUGGGAAUGUCCGGUGACUUUGAGCAAGCGGCACUAUGCUGCUUGGGCUCAAUUACCUAUUUCUGCCGUUUUGCAGCUGCCGUUCCAAAUCUUGACAUGGUUGAGGGUGUAGGUAAUGAAAAGAUUGCUAAUCAUCUGGAUCAUGCUGUCGUUAGCUUGGGGAGGGAGCCUUUGGAAGUUAUGGUGCAAAUAAACACUAGUGGAGAAGAAUCCAAAUCUGGUGUUGAUCCUUCUAAAUGUGUGGAGCUUGCUAAGCAUGUGAAACUAGCUUGCCCAAACUUAAUAUUGUCAGGACUCAUGACAAUAGGGAUGAAAGAUUACUCCUCAACACCGGAAAAUUUUAAGGUGGCUUUCUAUUAUGACAUUAUCAUGAAUAAUCUUUCUGUGUUGACACUUUCACAAGCUGAUGUUUUCUUUGAUCUGAAUACAGGCACUGGUAAACUGUAA